AUGAUGCUGUCUGGCGUAGCAGAUAUUUUCCUGAGAAAACUCUCUUGCUGUCUCACCCUCUUCCUUCUUGUCACAAAGGGGGUCAGUCCAGCUCAUCUAGAAAUACAACCGCAGGACUCUGAAGACACUUUCCCUCCACUCUGGCAAUUAGCGCCUGAAAACUUUGAAGAUUAUCCUGUCCAAGGCCACAAGACUGUCAUCAAUCUCUGGAACUACUUAGAGAGAUUGGGAAUAUAUAAGAUCUUGCUUAAAUUCUCAGCUAAAUAUUUCAGUGGACUUGGACCUGACAAUGUCACCAAUAUCUUAUGGGGAUUGCCAUUACAGCAUGGCUGGCAAUACAGAACAGGCAGAUUAGCAGAUCCCUUAAAUGCCACAGGGUGUGGCCAUAUGGAUGGAGACCGUCUGUGCAUAUCUGUAUACAGCUGGUGGGCUUGUAUGAAUUACUACCUGACAGCUUUUCCCUUUCUUGGGGCACUGGAUAGUGGCUUUUUUGGGGAGCUACCAUAUGAGAUAGAACUAAUACCACCAGAUGAACAAAGAACAGAUUUCUGCCACAGCAUUGCUGAAUGCAAUACCCAAGUGCCAAAAAUCAUGUCUGUCUGGAGGGAUUUCUUCAAGUAUCUCCUAUCUACUGCACCAAACUCUGAAACAGCUACAAGUUGUCUUUUCUCAGAAGAUGAAGCCCUAAGUUACAUGUGGAAAGCUCACACUCUCUCUCUUAAUUCUGCAUUUCCAAAGUUUCAAAAAAGACUACAAUACCUCAGUGGACCUGAAAGCAGUUUUGGAGUGGCCUGGUCUACCGCAGUAUAUUUCCUUGCAGCCGCUCAUUUUCCUACAAACCUUAAUGUUACAAAUCAUUUCCAGACUGGAUUACCACCUCGAAUACUUUUGGAAAGAGACAAAAUACCCUUCAUUGGUGACUUCACACCUCUGCAGAAUAAAGUGCUAUUUCUUCUUGAGAUUCUUCAUACCACAAAUAAGAAUACGGGGAAUGUUCUACUGCUGUUAUGGAAAGGAGCCAUGUCCACCGAAGGAGGAAGACGUUUUGCUCGCAAUCUUCUUGAAAAGAUCUUUUCUGCGAAUUCUGUGGAAUAGCUCAGCUCUACCCCACACAAAUAAUUAGUUUCACAAUUCGCCCAAUGGUGUAUCACGUUGUGGAUCCUCUUGACUGUCUGGAUGAGGUGGUUUGGCUUCACUUUAGUGAGGCAUUUCAUGAUGUUGAAGAGACACAGUUCCUGUUGAGUUCUUGAAGAGGCACUUUGCCUUGCCUUAAAACCUUAACUAGCAGUCACCCAAAAGCUUCUUCUGACUCUGGAACUGUUAUUCAAGGUCUUUGAAGAAAAGCUAAAGAAAGCCAUACUUAUGCAACUGCUUUACUCUUAGUAGGUGGGGGGUUCACCUUGCUCUUGAUGCAUCUUCAGAGCUUUCACUCAAGGCAACCUUGUUUGCAAUGAAUGGUGCCUUCAAAAAGCUGCAUAUCUCUUCUAUUUACUGCCUUCUGUUUGGUUCAGUGUUGUUUGGAAGACUUUAGCUUUAUCAUGAAUAAAUUUUAAAAAGUAAAGAAAUUGAAACUAACUUCA